ACUUACUCUAGGGUUUGUUUAAUGUCGUUCCGGUGAAAGUAUUUGUGAUCAUUAAUAUGUUCUAUCUAAAGAAAUUUUAGGAAUUAAGUCUAACAGCGUUAGAUAAUCUGAGCGACAGCAUUUUAAUCUUAACUAAGAAACGGUGAUAUAUGAUCAUACAUUUUUACCACUGGUUUUGACAUUUUGAAGAUUCUUGCCUAAUUUUCUUUUUGAACUGUAGUCUGGUUGAUUUGACACCGUUUUGAUGAUGGGGGAUGUAGCAGAGUUUCACAUAACACCAGAUACUCCGGGAAGACCUGCUAUUUUUAACCCCUUUGAGAGCCCCAACGAUUAUCACCGAUUGCAUGAAUCUCUGGUGCCCAGCCCAUCUGUGUUCAGGAGCUCCAGGAGUGUAUUAACAACACCAGCUAAGUUUAAAUGGUCCAUUGACGAAAUGGCAAAUUUACUCCCAGUGGAAAUAGACCCAGAGGAUAUUCACCGCCAGGCUGUUUUUCUGAGCCAAGCCAGAGCAGAUGCAGAAAUUGAGGAAAAACGACAGAAUGCUAUUGACCAGUUUUUUACUAAAGGUGCCAUUGUUCCUUCCCCAUGGGGACCCCUAGCUGCUAAACAAUCGGUGAAUCUGCCAUAUCAGAAAAGUUCUUUGUCCCCACCAGUUAUGGAAGAGAACUCUCCUAAGAAAAUUAAUGUCAUUUGUCAAACAGGCUUGUCUCUACCAGUGGACUUCAAUCUUGAGAAAGUUCUAGGUGAUUACUAUAGGACAGAGGAGUUAACUGAGCAGGCGCAAGAAAGCCUUAGCAGCUCCUCUUUGCGGCGAAAGUUGUUUCUUGAUGGCCAUGACAGUGGCUCUGAGUCCUCUAACCCUUCCAGCCCAGAGAAAAAUUCCCAUGAUGAAGUUUCCAAAAAUCGAGAGAUGAUGUCAUCAGUCGUUGUCUCCCCACUUCAGACUGGAAUUUCAACUGCGGGGACUCCUUUGUCUGGGCAGUUUUCAUCCAGUCCUAUUCAAAGCAAAGGUCGAGCGUUCAGUCUGGGCAGUGUUGCUAGUCCCUUGUUUCAAGGGAUAUCAUCGACUGCUUUCAAGUCACCUGUUCUAUCCCCUAUCAUGCUUCAGCAAUCUGCAACACCUGUAACGGGUGAAAGAAAAAGGCUAUCGUUUCUGUCCCCUGGCAGUGGUCCUAUGGGCAGCUCUGAUGUGAAUAUGAAUCAGUGUGAAGAAAGCCCGUACGUGGAAGGGUGUUCCCCUAUUCGCAGCUUCUCCCCCCUUCAGACCCGACCAAUAAACAGAGGCUGCAUUUGGGCCUCUCCUACCCUUAUUUCUCCUAUCUUUCACCCAAACCUUCUGGACAAAGGGAAUGUCCAUCCUUAUGAACCUUCACCCCCUAAAUACCUAGAUGCCAGUUCAACCGGGGAAUGUGGUCAAAGAAAAGGACUCCAAACUGUGGGGAGUGAGUGUGAAGCCUCCAUGGCUGUUGCGGAGCAAAUGGAUGAAGAUGUGUUGGUGGUAAAAGACCUAGGUGCAAAAAUUGAGACUGGCAGUGAAGAUGAGGAGGAUAUUAUCAUCAGAGAGGAAUCCUGUGGUUGGGUUCCUGAAGAGGACACUGCAUCACCAGUUGGACUGAUCAGUUCUAGGACAAGCAGCUCGCCUAAUGCUGAGAGCACACACAUGUUUGUAUCCUUGCUUACAGAAGGGAGCAUCACGCCAUAUGAAGUUAGCAUGCAGGUGGAUAGUGGUUAUAACACUCACUCAGUGUGCACCACCAGCUUAAUGGACACCCUCAAUUCAGACAACCAGAGUAGAGAAAUGCUGGACAUGCAUACAGCUGAAGAAGGUCUACUUUACGCUAGACAAACUAAACCAAAGUGUUUGAUCUGUGCUGAUUCUUGUCGUAUGGCUGGUUACAUGCAACUCCAUGCAAGUGAAUCGUGACUAUGUCGUAGGCUCUUAACUUCUCCGGAAUUGGUUUACACGCGCCCCCCAGCUACCGAGGGAUGCGGAAGAGGGGACAGCGUGGCGGUGUACGGCAGAGAUUACGGAGAAGGGCAGAAAGACCGACACUACCCUCAAGGCUUCUUUGCAACACCUGCUCCCUGAGAAGAAAACGGAGAAGCUCAGAGCAAAUACCAGAGUUGGACAUGAGUAUCAGGAUUCAUGCCUGCUUGUGUUCACUGAGACAUGGUUACGAGACGACGUGCCCGACUCUCUCGUUGCCUUGAAAGGCUUUUCUCUGGUGCGCUUUGACAGGAACAAUUCAGACAAUUCAGGCAAGAGAAAAGGUGGUGGUAUUUGUGUUUAAGUUAACCAAAAGUGUUGCUCUCAAUUUUCCGUGAGAGAGCUAGUCUGUAACUCCGAAAUUGAACUUGUAUGUCUAAGCCUUAGGCCUAUCUACCACGUGAAUUUACCACGUGAAUUUAAUUAUGUACUGUGUAUGUACCACCCUGUGGUAAUGCUGCAAAUGUAGCUAAACUUACAGCAGACUGUGUUCAUAGACAAUUAAGACGUACCCCUGAAGCACCUUGUUUUAUUUUAGGGGAUUUGAAUUAUUGUACACUUGAAGCUGUGUUGCCUGGAUUCUAUCAAUAUGCGGACUGUAAAUCAAGAGGCAAAAAAACUUUGGAUAAAUGUUAUGGGAAUGUCAGGAAUGCUUAUACAGCUCAGAGUAAACCGCCACAAGGCUCCUAUGAUCAUAAUGCUGUCCAUCUUAUUCCCACUUAUAAGUCCUUGCUUAAGAGCAGUUCAUCUCAAACUAAACUGUAUAUGUGUGGAAUGGUGAAAUUAUUGAAACCUUAAAAGGCUGCUUUUCCUGUACCAUAUGGAACCUCUUUCAUAGUCUGAACUUGUAUGAGGCUGCGGAGACUAUUACUGACUAAACCCACUUCUGUAAAGAUAAUGUGUUAAAAAAAUUGAUAACAAUAUAUCCAAAUAAUGAAUUGCAUAUUUUUAAGGAAAUUAAAGAGUGCAUAGAACAAAAAAGGCAUUUGGGAUAGGGGUGCACAUCAUCACUGGUCUCACGAUUCAAUUACGAUUAUUAGGUCAAUGAUUCGAUUCGAUAUCCCAUCGCGUUGCAUCAUCAA